AUGAGAGGACAUUUCUCUAUUGAAUGGUUGGCCCAGAGCAGCCAGCCAGCAGCCACAGAGAGCCUCAGUGCCUCCACUGGCUCCAUGACUGGACUCAGCACCUCUGGGACAAAUUCGGAGAGCCUGCCUGGGUUCUACUGCAGACAAAAGUCAGGGAUCUGGCAAAAUGAGGCGCACCAAGAAAGUGGAAACCAGAUGCUUGAUGCACACAGGCUUUCCAGUCUCACAGGCUCAGAGAGGAACAAUCAAAACAGACAGAGCUCUCACAGUAUUCAUAAUACACAAGUGACUGAGGCAGGAUUCAGCAGUGGGACAGAGGAGGAAACCUCAGGGUAUGAGAGCGAAGGGGGUCAUUCCCUUUCCCCCGUGGCCCCGUCAGACAGCGCUUCCACCUCCCCGCCAUCACCUCCGUCGGGCAGGAGACCUCGCACAGCCUUCACAGCAGAGCAGAUCAGCAGCCUGGAGAAAGCCUUCAAGAGGAAUGCUUACUUGGGAACGCAGGACAAAGCUGAGCUCUGCAAGAAACUCAACCUGUCUGACAAACAGAUCCGCAACUGGUUCCAGAACAGGAGAAUGAAGCUGAAGAGGACGGUGCAGGACGCCCUGGCUCACGCCUGCCAGGCAAAUGUAGCCUCUCAGCUGCUGCAUUACCCUGAGCUGCAGGCUUACAGGCCCGGGCCCUACCCUAGAUAUCCCCCGGUACAUGAAAGCCCUGCGUCCGCCCCCUAUCUCCAUCCACCCAGCUUGCAGUACAGCUCCACCUCUGCUCUUCCCACUGUCUCAGCAUUGCCCCUGAACUCAUUUUGCCAGUACACGAGCCUCCCCGGCAUGAUGCUGCCCUCAGGGACUGCUCCGCUCAUGGGAUCCUAUCAGACAUAUCCUCAACAUUAUUGAUAUGAUGCCAGGAGGGUUUCCUGAUGUUCCAAAGUAGCCAUUAUUGUCCUUGUUUUGAAAGAACUAAGAUUUUA